AUGUUUAAAAACCGUAAUUAUGUGUAUGGACCCGAGGAUAGAUACGUGCCAGCUAAGUUAAACGCCGGUGAAUUCAUAUUAGAAAAGAUAUGGCAAUUUAAAGAUACAGUUGCACUGAUAAAUGGAGCAACGGAUGAAAAACUAACGUAUGGGGAGAUGGCCCAAGAGGCCAUGAACCUAGCUGUUUCGUUGGUGAGGCUUGGUGUACGGAGAGGCGAUGUGGUUGCUAUAUGUGCAGAGAACAGGCGAGAGUUCUGGAGCACUGUGAUCGGAAUUACCUGUGCAGGGGCUGUGGUGACGACUGUCAACAUGAUCUAUACGAAAGGCGAGCUAAAGCAUGUGAUGGGUAUAACAAAACCAACGUUCAUGUUUUGUUCGCCCCUGGCAUUAAAAGUUCAAGCGAAGAACUUCAGAAGUCUGGAAUACGUGAAGAAGUUUAUAGUGUACGGAGACGAGAAAAUACCUAACAUGUUGUCGUACAAUGACCUUGCUAUUGCUGGACCCGCUUCGAAGUUGUCUCAACACGUGAAAUACGAGGAUUUCGAUGCCGUGGACGUCGAAGGACAGAAUGAUUUGGCGAUGAUUUUGUACUCUUCGGGGACUACAGGCUUACCCAAAGGUGUUAUGAUCACGCAUCUCAACGUUUUAACGGCUUCUGCCUCGAAUGUUGAGAGGCCAUCAUUUGUGACUCUCUCGAUCACACCGUGGUACCACACCAUGGGCCUCAUGAGUCACCUAAUCGGUUUUGUUAAAGGGAGAACUACAGUAUAUUUACCAAAGUUUGAAGUUGAUCUAUACCUGAAAACUAUAGAAAAAUAUCAGAUUUCACAACUGACCGUAGUGCCUCCAGUGUUGGUGGCACUAUGCAAGUCACCGUCGAAAUAUGACGUCAGUUCCGUGUUAGUGAUAUUUUCCGGAGCUGCACCCUUGCACAAAGAGACAAUUGUAGCGGUACAUAAAAGAUUUCCCAAUGUACAAGCUGUUCUACAGGGUUAUGGAAUGACAGAAAGUACCCUAGUAGUCACAAUAAAUAUAAAUGGAGACAAAGAAGGCAGUGUAGGACAAGUUAAUUCCAACACAAUUAUCAAGAUUGUGGAUCCAGAAACUCGUAAGGUGUUAGGACCAAACCAAAAUGGAGAAAUCUGUAUUAAGGGCGCAAUGAUUAUGAAAGGUUACAUAGGAAAGAAAAGACAAGACGACUUUGAUGAAGAGGGUUUCUUCAAAACUGGUGACAUUGGAUAUUAUGAUGACGAUAAAUAUUUUUACAUUGUUGAUCGACUUAAGGAACUUAUCAAAUAUAAAGGAUACCAGGUAGCCCCAGCAGAAUUAGAAGCAGUUCUUCUUAAACACGCGGGUGUGCGUGAUGCGGGCGUGGUGGGAGUCCCACACGCCUCUGCCGGUGAAGUGCCUCUUGCGUUUGUUGUGCUGCAACCUGGCGCCGAAACCACAGAAGCAGAGCUGCAACAAUUUGUAGCUGAACGGCUAUCGAAUUCGAAGCAUCUUCGCGGAGGAGUUCGCUUUGUUGAAGCAAUACCAAAGACACUAACGGGAAAAAUUCUAAGAAAAGAACUAAAAAAAAUGGCAAAAUCUACAAGAAGUAAGCUGUAA